GUGUGUCAGCUCGCUCAGAGUAGGGAGCGUCCGGCGACCAAGCAAUGACUGGCAGCCACACAGUCACAUAGCAGUUUAGCAUUUAGCAUUUGGAUCAUUCACACUUCCUGUUGGAUCAAUACACUUGUUGUUGUUUUUCUAUAGCCUGCUGGGGAAAGGCCAGACAGAGAGUAAAGCAACCUCUGUCACUGCCUCCUGGACUGCCUGAAACAUGGCUCACAUCCAGAGUGUGCAGAAGAAGACCAGCACCAUGUCCCUGACCAUCUCCUCCUCCUCCUCAUCCUCCCGAGAGCUCUCCUCCUGCUCCUCCACCUCCUGCUCCUCCUCCACGGUGCUCGCUCAGAGACACUCCAGCCUUGUGCAGCCACUGUGUGUCAGCCCUCAGAGGGUAGUUACUACAAAUUCCAAUGAAUCACCUCACAAUACUCAGAGUCCCAUCUACAAUCAACAGUAUUCAGGGAAUGGAGUGGCCCCUACUUUUGUUAAGUGCCUCCAUGAUGUGUCCACUGUGAAAGGCCAGUUGGUGGUCCUGGAGUGCAGGCUGAGGGGAACGCCACCCCUGCAGGUCAUGUGGUACAGAGAAGACGAGCAAGUGCUGGACUCUGAUGAUUUUAGGAUACUACGCAAGAAGGCCAGCUCUGCAUCAGUGCCAGAGGAGCUGUGUACACUGGUGAUCACAGAGGCCUUUCCAGAAGACUCUGGCCUGUUUAAAUGUGUGGCCCUCAACUCCUUCGGCACGGUCUCCUGCUCAGCACUCCUGGAAGUUUACAAUGAUCUGGAGGAGCAGCUGGAGAUCGAGGCCGUUGAUCAGCAGGAGUCAGUUUCUCUCCGACAGGAAAGGGAGGCAGUGUUCCAGCAGGAGACUUCCUCCUUCAGACAGAGCACCGAGGACUUUCCAUCUCAGCUGCCUGACUCCAUGACCCUCUCCCCUCCUGAGUGGCCUGACAGCACUCUAGAGGAUGACAUCCCUGUGGCAGACUAUCCAGAGCCUCAGCUGGCCAACCACUCCUCUGAGGAACCCUUUGGUCAAAGGGAGGACAGAAGUGCCCUGAGCUCAGAGGAUCAGAGGUCACCACAGGUUACUAUCCUAGCCCGCACGCCCAGCCCUCCCCCUCCACCCUCACCACCACCACCAACCCAAGCCAAGGAGAAAAGCCAAACACCCAAGCUGUUCACCCCAAGCAAGAUCAGUUUCACUUCCUCCCAGUCAGGAGGCAACAACAUGAACCUGUCAGACCUGCCUACCUUCACUCCCAGUGUCUUCCCUCCCAGUGCAUUUAACUAUGAGCGACCGAGGCAUUUUAUCCAAUCACAGCCGGCCUUUCAGGCACCCAGCUAUGAAAGUGUUCUGAAAGAAGCCCAGGAGAACCAAAAUAACUCCCAGCAGAAGCUCAACAGUUCCCAAAAUAGUGCCAAUGUUACGGACGCACAGAGUCAAACUAAAAUGAGGUCUACACAAAACCAGUCUUUCUCUCAAACUCAGUCAAUGUCCAAGUCAUUGUCACAGACCCAGUCACAGUUUCAGUCAAUGAGCCUCAGUCAGAACCAAACCCAGUCUGUCGCCCAGACCCAGAUCCAGGCCAACGGCACAGCCAAGUCCUCUCCCUCUUCAUCCAGUCUCAGCUCUCCGAUUUCCACCCCGGCCUCCUCUGUUGCACCUCCUUCUGCUGCCCCCUUGCUCAGUCCCUCUGCCACCACAACCUCCUCCACCCCUUCACCAGCCUCCUCAUCCUCUCUCCCCCGCACCACCAUGCGUUCCACCAUCACCCUCACCCCCAGCAUCCCCAGUGCCACCGGCCUUGGUAGCGCCACCCUGCCAGCCAAUCAGGACACCAUGUCAGCAUCUGCUGCUUACCUCUGCUCCGUGCUGCCCUCCCAGUCCGCCUUCUCUCCUUUUUCCUCCUCCAAGCUAUCUCCCAACUCCAACCUUCCCCACCCCUCCACCUCCCCCUCCCGCUCCCCACUUGCCCCCUCCAGCCCUCUCCUCCCUGUGAGGGCCUCCACCCCUCCUUCCUCCCUCCCUCAGCAGCCUCUCCCAGUGUCACCUUCCCUCCCUCACUCCCCUCUAUCUCCUUCCUCCUCCUCCUCCUCCUCUGUCCCACAGCCCAACACUCCCAACGGACAGAACAGAGUACCACCUGCUGUGGUCUCCCUGCCCGCCAGCUACAAGGGAGGGCCAAGCAUCCUUCCUAAGCCCAUUCUGAAGAAGUCUGUUGCUCCUCGGCCUUCUUCCUCUCGCUCCACAGAUGAAGACAUCCAGGGCUCCAAAGACGCCCUCAUCCAGGAUCUGGAAAAGAAGCUGCGCUCAAAGGAGGCCAGGAGGAGAAACAGCCAGAAACUGUCCUAUGAGGAGCGUAUGGCUCGUAGGCUGCUGGGUCCAGACAACGCCAACAACAUGUUUGACCAAGACAGUCUUUCAGACUCACAACCCGACCAGCCAGAAUCACCAGAAGGAAGACACACAGGUGGACUAUGGGGUAGGCGCCACACGGGCACAGACAGGGGAAAUGAGGGCUCAGCCAUCCAAGAGAAAUGUUACGCUCCUCGCUUCUUGCAGAUCCCUCAAGACCUCACUGUAGAGGAGGGACGCUUCUGUAGGAUUGACUUCAAGGUCGGAGGCCUCCCUACUCCAGACGUCAGCUGGUACCUGGACGGCAAAGCCAUUCGUCCAGAUGACUACCAUAAGAUGUUGGUGUGUGAGAAAGGGAUGCACUCAUUCAUCAUAGAGAUCGUCACAGUGCACCAUGCCGGCGUUUAUGAGUGUGUGGCCAAGAACCGAGCAGGGGAGAGCAGAUUUACCAUGAGGCUCGAUGUGUUAGCCCAGGAAGCUCUUCGUCCUCCCACCUUUGUCCAGAAGAUGUCGAACUCCAGAGCUUUAGAGGGUGACACUGUUAGGUUAGAGUGUAAAGUGGACGCUUCCCCUCCUCCACAGCUUUUCUGGAAGAAAGAUAAAGACAUGCUGCGCAUUGACCCACACAGAAUGAGUCUGUAUGAGGAUGGUUCAGGCCGGCAGUGCUUGUUAAUAGAGAGGGUGAUGAAGACUGAUGCUGGUUGGUACACUCUCUCUGCCAUCAAUGAAGCUGGCAUGUCCACAUGUAACGCCAGGCUGGAUGUCGGCACUCGUACAACCCAGCCCAUGAAAACGGCGCCCCCUGGCUCGAAGACGUUGAAGCUGCUGUCGUCUCUGAGCCAUGUGCCUGCUCUGACUGUGGAGAGCCCCGCCCAGCACACGGCCCCUCUGUACGAGAGUGAAGAGCUGUAGAGCCACACUAACCCUCAGAUAACUAUCACACGUGUCAGAAGUGUAAAACUGGACCAGAGCCUGUAUUAACUGUCAUUUCACGGCAGAUAUGGUACUGAUUAGGCUUUGGUUCAGAUUUACAGUAUCGCAGCACACCAGGACACAGAAGGACAAUUUUGAGGCCAAUCCAAACCAGGUUCAUUAAACAAAACAUUUUGGUUGUACUACUGUACAAGGCUGAUUAACUACAAACUAAGCAGUGUGCUUGCCAUGUUUUUAGGAUGAAGGUACAUUUACAGUAAAAUCCUUUAAUUACACUGCAAUAUCGUAUUUAAGAAUUUUACUUCCUUGGAAAAAGUAUAAAUGAAUCUUGCAAAUACACUAAAAAAAAACCUGCCUUCAUCUAUUAGAUGAUGUGUUGAGGAAACAACAACCCUAAGCAUAAGGAGCAUGUGGUAGCUACUUUGAGUGAAGUGUUUCCAUAGUGAAGUGCCUUCUGAGUUAAAUUAAACACACCUCUUACUGUCCAUCUGCUGCUGUUCGUCACCACUGUGCCUCUCCCUUCUCUGUUUUGUUGUUUAAGGUUUCAGAGCUGAUGUUUGAUACAUGCCUGUAAGCCUCUCUUCAUCUGCCUGUCCAUUCUGCUCUCAGCAAAAUGGUGUCUCGGUCACGGAUGUAUUAAUAGACCUGGAUACGGCGGGGCAGAGUCAGACCUGCUGCCAGUUUUAUCCCAGCUGCCAACUACAAUACUGUGACACUAAAGCCCCUGUGGUCCAGAAACCAUUUCCCCAUAGAAACCAAUGAUGACAGGACUUCUCAAACAUAUUUAUUAACACUUUCAUUGCACCUUUUAUUUAAAAUAAUUAUCUUGCAACCAGUUUCCAGCUCUGUUGCAUGGUAUAGGUUACAAAACUUUAAUGGCUUUAAUUAACUACAGUACCCACAAUCCAACACUGCCAGCAUCUAUCGCUGCUCUUUAAUCCUGUCUCAUACUCUCCUGUCCUCCAGCCUGUAGCUAAAUGAGGAUGAUUUAGUGUUUGAGCCUCCAAAUUGAAGUUCUUGUCCCUGAAUUACAGCUGCUGUUGCUUCUGAUGAUGUGUGUCUGUAAAGCUGCAUUUACUGGAAUAGAGUGUUUAAAGAGAGCUCAGAUGUCACAACUGGUUCCUGCUCAGAUUCUCUGCUGUGGUAUAAAUUCAGUCUAAUAUGUGUUUUUAAAGUUGGUUUCUAAUAUACAGUGUAUGUGAAUGAAGGUAUUUAUUUGAACUGAAGCUAUUAGUUAUCAAUGUUGGGGCUUGAAGGCGCCCCUCUUGUGGUCUGCAGAAGGCUGCAGCCAGAAGUGUAUCAUAUCAAUGAGUUGGACAAAGAGCAACGAGCUGCCAUUCUGAUACCCAGCCUCUAUGACUGAACACAAAACCUGAUCUGCACUCUAAACAGCACUCAGAACUAACUUACUAUGAAUGGUUUACAUUUUAUCACGUCUGCAGUGCAGAUAAGACAUGUUUUUACAUUUUACUAAAGAGGAGGCAAGCAUCAUUCAGUCUGUAUGUUCAGUUGAACUGUAAGUAUCGGUAUGUCAGCCUGUGGCCACAUUUGCCACGCUCCUCAUUUCCCACCAGAGCCUUGCAUAGAAAGAUCUGUUAAAAAGAGGCUCAGUAUGCCUGCUUACCUUGGAACUGCUUGUUGUUACUGCCAGCCAAGAAGUAAUUUCACAAAAACCUGGUACUUUUGGCUUGAUCUGCAUGCAAACAGAAAAUCUGGUGUUUAACCCCGUGUAGCCACAGUUCAGUCUGAUGCCAACAGAACCUGAGAUUUAGGUCACAACAUGAAAGUCAAGAUGAACACUGUAUUUCCUGCUACAAAUGCAGCACAGUUGAGCUGCAUGUGAACAUGUAAACUGCCUUUCACUCAGGACUUAUGAAGAUUGGAUCAAACAGGGUUAAACGUUGGAUUUGCUUUAAGCACCAGAGUAGUUUUGAUAAAUUAGGCCCUGUCUGUUGAGAUUUAAACUGCAGGUAGUAGUGUGUAUUCUCCCUCAGUAUUGUUUGUUGUGUAAGUUCUACAUAUCACUGGAUGAAUGAGGAAUAAAGUUUAUGUGACUUUAGCAUUG